AUGGCUAAUAAUAUAUACAAGAGGAAUAUGGUGGGUUCAAUUAUGAUGGAUGGUCGAAUGCUGGGGGAACCAUUGGAAAUCAAGGAAGCUACUGUUGAAUAUUUCAGCAGGAAUUUUUUUGAAGAAAAGGUACAUAGAGCAGUUUUGAGGGGUGAAUUUCCAAGAAGGUUGUCUCGGAGUGCAGCUCUUGAACUUGAGAAAGAUUUUGAGGAAGGAGAAAUCGUGGCAGCUUUAAAGGGGUGUAAAUUUCAUGUGAAUGCAAGGUUUACUAAAGGUAUUAACUUUACUUUUGUUGCAUUGAUCCCCAAAGUCGAUUGUCCUUCUUCAUUUAGAGAAUAUAGACCCAUAAGCAUGGUGGGCUGGAUUUAUAAAAUCCUCUCAAAAUUGUUAGUUAACAGGUUGAGAGUCCACAUUCCAUCUGUCAUAGGAGAGGCACAAGCUGCCUUCAUCGGGGGUAAACAGAUUUUGGACGGGGUUCUUGUUGCUAACGAAGUCAUCCAUUGUUGGAAGAAUAAAGCUAGAUGA